UUUUCAUUUUUUUCUUAAUGUUUCUUACGAAAAUGGCAAUUUUCUACACUGCACAUUUUUGUGAACGCGUCUUUGGAACGAUUAAUUAGUUGUCAUGUUGCUAUUACAUCCGGAUUAUCACACGAAAUUCGUAGUUGCCAAUAUAUAAGAAACAGCAAUGCAGUUUAGAGUAAUGUUUCCAUAUAUAUAAAACGCCCGUUUACGUUCGUGUAGUAAAAACCGUCAGUCACGUGUCAAAUGACGUCAUAUGUAAACAAUCACACGUGAUUUGUGUAGUAGUGGAGUAAGGUUAUGUUUUAUCCAAUACAUAAUCAUUUAUUUCUUCGAAAACGAUAGCAAAGUUCACUUUAUUUAGGAGAAGGGAAUCAACAGCAAAACAACAGUUGUUAAAACACGCUAUGGUUAAAGAGCGUGACCGUUGCAUCCAAUAAAUACAUGUAUUGUUAGUUAUAGUUUGGCAAAUUGUAUUUGUGCGUGGUAGAUUCGUUAGGGUAAGGGGUAUUAGUAGAAUGAGGUCUUUUGUAACUUCAUUGGUGUAUUUACUGUUUGUUGUGCCAUGUGUACUGGCAGCACAGAAGUUUCAAAAGGUUAAAGCAGCAAAACCAAACUUCCUUCUUUUCUUCAUUGACGAUAUAGGAUGGGGGGAUUUGGGUGCGAAUUGGGAGCCCAAUAAAGAUGUGACUCCAAACUUGAAUAAGCUCAGUGAAUCUGGUAUUCGUUUCACAGAUUUCCACGCGGGGGCUUCAGUUUGUGGUCCUUCACGAGCCGCCCUGCUUACAGGAAGGCUUGGGUUACGCAACGGAGUCAAUCAUAACUUUAACCCGCGCUCUGUUGGUGGGUUGCCAUUGAAUGAAACCACGCUACCAGAGGUGCUGAAGGGAAAUGGAUAUAACACAGGAAUGAUUGGCAAGUGGCAUCUUGGCAUCACUAAAGCUUAUCACCCAUGCUCCAGGGGGUUUAAUUAUUACUAUGGUUUGCCAUACAGUAAUGAUAUGGGUUGUGUGGAUUGUGAUGCGUACAAUCAUCCACAAUGCAAGAAGUGCCCAAAACAAUCAGGGAUUACAAAUGAUCAAGCAAUUGAAUGCGGUAACUAUGAUACAGCAUUACCACUGUAUGAGAAUUAUGACAUCAUAGAACAACCUGCCAAUCUGGUUGAGCUUGGUGACCGAUAUGUGGAAAAAGCGACAUUGUUUAUUCAGCAAGCAAAAAAUAAAACACAACCUUUCUUUUUAUAUGUUGCAACUGCCCAUACACAUGUACCCCUUGCUUAUGCAAAAAGGUUUCACAAUUCAACAUCCCAUGACACACGAUACAGCGAUACUCUACAUGAACUUGAUGACAUGAUAGGCAGGAUUAUGACAUCACUUAAAGACAAUGGCUUGUAUGACAACACAAUCACUUGGUUCACAGGUGAUAAUGGACCAUGGAGUGUUAAGUGCCAAUAUGGUGGAAGUCCAGGUCCCUUCCUUGGAACAUGGCAGUAUAACAAAUUUGGUGGAGGAUCGACUGCUAAAGCUACAACAUGGGAGGCCGGGCAUCGAGAGCCGACCUUUGUGGUUUGGCCAGGUGUAAUAAAACCUAACACAAUAAGCAAUGCACUCACCUCAGCUUUGGAUAUAUUCCCUACAAUGCUGUCUUUAGCUGGGGUUGGCCUUCCACCUUAUAAGGAGUAUGAUGGAAAGGAUAUAAGGGGGCUUCUCACUGGGGAGUAUAAAGAUGGGCAUAGGGUACUAUUCCACCCCAACAGUGGUAGUAUUGAACCUGGUAAAAUAGAAGCAUUAAGAUACGGGCCAUACAAACUGUACUGGUCAACUGGGGGUAUACAACCUAGUUGUCAUUACAAGUUUGCACCCUUGUUAUUCCAUAACCCACCUAUGGUGUUUGAUCUGAGUAAAGAUUCAGCUGAAAGUUUUCCAUUGACAACUGAAAGCUACCCGAAUUUAAAUGAGAUAAUAUCGGAAGCAACAAAAUUACGAGAAGAUCUUCUGGAUAAUAUUAAGAAAGACAACACAUCUGUGGCAGAUUACACAAAAUCUUCUUCAGUUCUUCCAUGUUGUGACCCAACCCAGUAUUACCUGAGACAAGACAUAAACUUCCAAGUUCAACUUCCUUUUACAUAGUCCAGCCCUACGCUAUACAAAGAAAGUAAAUAAGAUAUAGAUAUUCUUGGCCAGUCUGAACGUUCUUAAAUAAUUCGUAUGCAUUCACGCAGUUUUUCACAGCUUAAAAUGCCCAAUUAAUAUAAAACCUACCGCAGCUCUGGUUUGUGACAUAAGUGUGUGCUCUACUAAACUUAUAAAAAGUGUUUCGGCAAAUCACAAGAAAAAGUUCGGAAACAUUUUAAAGUUUAAAAAUUGAAAUGCAACUUUUAAAUUUCCCGCGCUUUUACAUAGAUUUUGAAGAUCGUUCUAAAUAGGGGAGCAGUAAACGUACGUACACAAUAUAGUGAAUUAUUUUAGCUGAGCGUCAUUUUAAAACAUUCUACGUUACUGUAGCAUAACGUUCUUUAUUCUAACAGUAGUAAUACUUAAAACAUGUAAAAGAAACGGCUGCUAUGAUACUAUAAUGUAUUUGGAUAAUAUGUGCCCGUCGGUCUCAUGGUGUAACGGUUAGCACUCAGGACUCUGAAUCCUGCGAUCCGAGUUCAAAUCUCGGUGAGACCUCUCUCUUUAGGCAAAUUUUAGAUUUUUUUAUAACAUUUCCGAUUGACCAAUACAACCAAAUUUUAGUUACCAAUAACACUUGGUAUACUGAAUAAUAAAACCUUUUUGCUUUAAAUCUUUUUGUUGGCUGUAAACUAAAAAAAAACUUAAUUGGAAAAAAACACUUACCAGCUUACACUAAUGAUGGUUGUUGUACAGCAGACAAAACAUGGGUCCUUUAAGAUCACAAACUAAAAAAUUGCCAGAAGAAUUCUUUCACUUAUAAAAUAUAACUAGCACUCUAGCAGCAACAUCUUUUAUGGUUAUUUUUACCCCUACACCUAAUAAAUGUACAAAUAAAACACUAAUUAUCGUCAUUUUUAACAGGUUAACCACUUUAUUACAUUAACAACACAGUGAUGAUGUAUCAAAAACAACCAAAUAAAC